GGAUGGUCUUCGCGUUCAUUCUGUCCGCUGCGCGCGACGCGAUUGGUCGCUGCUGUUGCGCGAGAGCAGACGGUCGCUCCUCACAGAAACGUGCCGCCGCGCAGGACAGUGAGCGAAAACUGAAAAUCCGCUACCGUUUAACGGCGGUGUUAUCCCUAUGCACAUCCUCUGCGAAGCCGUCGCGACCCGUUGCAGAUAAUUGCGUUGCGUGACAACCGGUUGUAGAUGAUCAAGUGCUUCCGAGUUUGACUCUGCAGUGGAUUCACUGAGUGACGUGUUUAUCCCGUGUGUAUUCUGCUCGUUGCAUCAUAUAUCACCUGCCUGGCGCUUUAUUGCGCGCACAAAAGCGUGCGCAGGGCUGAAGCAAGCUGAAGAAAGAUGUCCUUCGACCCUGAGCGCAGCAGCACCAAUGGCAAUGAGAGCCCGGAGCUUGAAGAUGUGGAUUCCCCGUGGGCAGCACCCUCAGCGGACAAGCGCAAGGUUGAGGUGGUGCUCGUGACCGGUUCGAGUGGCUUCUUGGGCCAGCACGUGGUCAAGCUGCUGCAGGAGCACGACAAGAAUGUCAAGGAAAUCCGCCUCUUUGACAUCAAGCCCUACGAGAACAAACUCAAGCACAGCACAGAGAAGCCCAUGAAGGCCACCGUGGGCGACAUCUGCAAUGCCAAGGCGGUCCAGGAGGCAUUUGCGGGCGUCGACUGCGUCAUCCACACUGCGGCCCUGGUCGACUGCACCAUUUUUCCCGAUGCAGAAGCCAUGGAGGCUGUUAACGUCGAAGGUACACGGACAGUGAUUGAUGCCUGCAUCCGACAGAAUGUGCCCUACUUGGUGUUCACGAGCACGGCAGACGUGGUCGUGAGCAGCAACCACAUCUUCUUCGGCGCAGAGAACACCACCUUCACGCCAAAGCACUUCCUCAUGGGUCCCUAUGCCGAGACUAAGCACCGUGCCGAGCAACUUGUACUCCAGGCCAAUCAGCGCGUGCUGGCCGAUGGCCACACCAAGUUCAGCACGCUGGUGCUUCGGCCAACAGCAAUGUACGGGGAGGAGGACCAGCACUUCGUGGUGCAGUUCUUGCGUGUUGCCAAGUCCUGGAAGAACACCCUGACCAAGAUUCGCAGCGUUGAUGAGCGCUUCCAGGUGACAUAUGUGGGAAAUGCUGCCCUGGCACACUUGCGGGCCAUGGAGAAGCUGGCCAUCGACGAGUCGGUGGCAGGCGAGGUGUUCUACGUGACAGACGACACGCCCCUCGAGGAUAUCUACGAGUUCCUGCGGCCGUUUGUCGAGUGCCAGGGCUGCCGGCUGUCGGACUACACGGUCCCCUACCUGCUGGCCAUCCUGGUGCUCAUGCUGCUGGCACUGGUGCUGCGGCUGAUUCGACCCCUGUACCGGCCGCGCUUUUACGUGCCUCCACCCUCGGCCGUCACCUACAUAUGCACCUCGCUCUUCUUCAACCGCACCAAGGCCACGCUGCGGCUCAACUACUACCCUAACGUGACGCCUGACGAGGCUGUCCAGCGGUCUGUCUCCUAUUACAAGUCCCUCCAGUUUCCAGGAUGAUGGCAUUGUCUCGUCGUUGCCGAUGCUGCCCUUGCCUCUGUGGGCACCACACCACGCCACACUCUAGAGGUCCCUGUUAAGCUUGUGGAAGUGCUCACUGGUCGUUCCCAAGAGUUCCUAGGGGCAGGUUGGGGAAGUACUAACGUGAUAGGAGUUGCGGGCAACCACUGCUGAUAGUAUUUUCAGGCUCAUUCCCUUCUUGUUUGCAUCCGAAAUUGUCAUUUUAUAGCGUGCUGAUUAGCUGGAACCACGUAUUGUGCAUAUGACACUCAUAAAAUAUACCACACUCAGUAGAUCAAAGAGGCACAUUGUCAGAUACUCAUAGCAUGCGCAUACUUGAGCUGAAGUGGCAUGGCUGUGGUUGUUGCAGCCACACGGCAUUCCGCAUCAAAUACUGGCUACUUCUAUAUAACUGAUGGACGCUUGCUUCAUGGGAAUGGUGUGUUCUUAUACCAGGGUGGCGCUUGCUUGUUAGUGCUGGACUUAGCUCCUUGGUUAGCAUGAGUUUCCAGAAGAGGUAGUGCUAAGCCUGCUUUUCUUGCAUCUUGCAAGAGUUGCAGUAGCAAGUCGCAUGCUCCCACAGCACUCUGUCAUGGAGCGUGCUGUCAUCGCUACCACAUGUAAUCGCCAGCCUCUGCCAGAAUCGGUGGAGGAAAGAACUGCCACCAACAGUCUGUAUCUUCAAAGCCGCUAGAAAAAGAGCACACCACUAUCACCAUGGCCACUCAGGCUCGGAGAAAAGCCAGGCCAACCAUCGGGCGUCUCCUUCCACAUGUGUUGUAGCACACCACUUUUGCUCUACGCUCGGUUGGCAUGUUGUCAUCCCGAAGCCCGUGAAUGACUCGGUGCUUCUGAAGCCAUGGUUUCACAGGACCGUCUGCCUGGCACUCCCUUACCCUAGAAAUCACCCUAGAAGUCUCUAAAAAUGCCCUCAUUAAGGGGAGAGGCUCCUCGAAACAACUUUUUUUUUAUUAUUUGUACCAGAGACUUCAAAAUUCAGCCAACUGAAGAGUUUUUUAUGCAGAUUUCAAAUAUGCAAUUAGUUUUUGUGUAG